UGAGGCGGAAGGAUGUCGGAUCUGCGGAGUUUCUCAAGGGCGUUCGUGGAGGAUUUCAUCGACCUGUACCGAGACCACGAAUGCCUUUGGAAAAUGAAGAGCAGAAGUUACUCGGACAGAAACAUGAAGAGACAGGCUUACGAAAAACUCGCCGGGAAGCUGAGGGAGGUGGAUCCGUCGGCAGAUCGGGAAGCUGUGGUGAAGAAAAUAAACAACCUUAGGAGUGCUUAUAGGAAAGAGCUGAAGAAAGUGGUCGAUUCAAAGAGGUCGGGAGGGGACAGCGCAUACUCGCCCAAGCUGUGGUAUUUCCAUCUGCUGAGUUUCUUGCUGGACCAAGAGAAUCCGCGAGUAGCGACUUCUAACCUGGAGACAUAUGGGGAUCAGGAGACGAAAGAGUCAAUGGAGCUGGACACCUCUCAAGAUCGGGAGCCGCAAGAAGAAACAGGCGAGGAACCAACGCCAUAUCCUGCGGCAGAACCCUUGCGGCAGACCAACACCUCGGGACAGACAAGGCUACAGAAGAGGCUGAGCGAGGAACACACCAACCCUGUACUGAACUCAACUACUGAACGCCUUCACCUUAAGACUGAGGAUGAUUUUGACAUCACAGGGAAACACGUAGCUUCGAAAUUAAGAAUAGUCUCUCAGGAUCAACGUAUAUAUGCAGAGAGACUGAUUGCUGAGGUAUUGUUUGAAGCUCAGUUGGGCAACCUCAGUAGAGAAUGCAAGUUAAUUAUUAAAAAGUCCUAGCUAACUGAUGUCAACCGCACACACUAGACUUUUGGAAGUUAAGAUAAUAAGUCUUUCUGGCUUUUACAUUCACUGAUCCAAUGUUAGCUGAUCAGUAGUUUUCCAGUAAGCACUUGAAUUCUCCAUUAAGUCUGCACAGAUUGCUCGGUGAGUUGCGUUUUUUUCGAGUUAUGCUCUAUGGGUUAACCACAGUGUAAUUAGCUGCAAUA